AUGGUCGAGAUCAGGAAAUUCACACUCCCUCCCACGGCUCUCAUGCCAAACUCCCCCAAGCCCUUACUCCAAUACCGCGGGGUCUUCAAAGAGUCAGAAGUCACCCCGAGCAACAUGUACAAAGUCUUCAAGGGCAACGGCUGGCUGGGCCGCUGGAUAUUCCGCUACGGCAGCACCCAGGAGUCGCACUACCACUCCGCCGUGCACGAGUGCAUGGUCGUGCUGUCCGGAAGCGCGCGGAUCCGCUUCGGCGUUGCCGACACUGGCGGCAAGGACGACGGCCACGAAGACGGCGGGAUCCUGCUGGACGCUCGGGUCGGAGACGUCUUUGUGCUCCCCGCGGGGCUCGCGCACAAGACCCACGGCGCCAGCCCGCCGGCCGAGUUCAUGCUGCUGUCGCCUGGCAAUGGGCAUGAUGUGGGCGAGGAGGAGAUGGAGGCAGCGAUGGCGAAGAUUCAGCUCUCCGGGUUCACGAUGCUGGGUGCUUACCCGCGGAAUGGCAGGGACUGGGACUUUGCUAAAGGUGGAGAUAGUGAGGGUAGAUAUGAGGAAGUUUGGGCGGUGCCGAAUCCUGAGCGUGAUCCUGUGUUUGGGGAUUCCGAUACGGGUAUCCUUGCCGAGUGGCACUGA